AUCGACUCUCGCUCGUCAGCCAGCACUCACUCUACUGCCUGCUUCUGUAUACGCGCAGGCCUAUCUGAACUGGGAAGUCUCCCCCGGUCCCUACUCCGUCCCUUCCUUCCCUUAAGACCACCAGGACCCUUUUUUUUCUAUCUCACCUACCGUGUACCCAUCCAUAAAACCUUCCUCCGCUUACUUGCCUGCCUGCCUGGCUCCUCUCCACUCCACAACAUCCACCUGCUUGCUUGCUGGCUUGCUGCUGUGCGUGCCAACCAUCAAUUGCCUGUGUGUGUGUGCGUGCUUGUGUGCCUGCUGUACUCGUGCUCGUGUGCCGCGACAACAACUCAUUUGCUCACACUACCUUCUCCUCCCUCCUCUUUUCCACAACAACCCCCCAAUUCUUCUUUUUGAUCUUCUUUCCCCCGCCUCAUAAUCCAACCCACCCCGUCUCGCCAUCAUGUCUGGUGCAGGCCCUGAGCUAUAUCCCGGCGAGUUGCCCUCGUGGGCCGUCUUCAAAUUCCCCCCAGACUCUGCGCCCGCCGCCCUCGCUCCCCCCGUCGCCGACCACUACAGCUUCAGGAACCCGAUUCCCAUUCCAGAGAACGUCUACAAUGCCGUACUUCACCCAUACGUGCCAUUGACCAUCGCCACCACAUACGCCGUGUCCAUCUCCACCCUCAACUGGUGGAACCGCAAGCACGGCAACAAGCCCUGGAAAAUCAGCAAGACGCGCGCUUUCCACGCCUUUGUCAUCUUCCACAAUGUCCUUCUCGCCGUCUACUCCGCCGUCACCUGCUGGGCCAUGGUCAGGUCGCUCAAGCACUCCAUCCCCCACUACACGGAGCACAAUGCCGUCGUGGGCGCCGUCGAUGCCCUGUGCAAGAUCCACGGUCCCCGCGGCCUAGGCGAUGCGGUGACGUACAGCAACAACCUCAACCGGUGGGAGAGCAAGAACGCCAACAUUCGCAUCGAUUCCUCCGGUCUCCCUGAAUCCACCGAUGUGGGCAGGAUCUGGAACGAGGGUCUCGCAUGGUGGGGGUGGGUUUUUUACCUGUCCAAGUUCUACGAAGUUUUGGACACGGCCAUUAUCAUUAUGAAGGGCAAGCGCAGUAGCACUCUUCAGACCUACCACCACGCCGGCGCCAUGUUGAGCAUGUGGUCCGGUAUUCGCUACAUGUCUCCUCCCAUCUGGAUGUUUGCUCUGGUCAACUCUGGAAUCCACGCCAUGAUGUACACCUACUACACCCUCUCCGCCCUCCGCAUCCGCGUCCCGAACCGCAUCAAGCGUACCCUCACCACCAUGCAAAUCACCCAAUUCCUCGUCGGUGUCGUUUUUGCCGCCUGCCACCUUUUCGUCUCCUACACGGUCCCCGUCUCGGUUCCCUACAAUGUCGCCGAGAAGGUCCUUUCCAAGGUCAAUGUCUCCUCCAUUGCGAGCGCUGCCUCCUCCGCUACUAGCUCUGCAGUAGUGGCCCCAGCAACUGGUGUCGCCAUUGCAUUCCUCAAGAAGAUGAUCUACCGCGCCGCGGGAGACGAGGGUCUCGCUGAAAACGUUUACCAGCCUGGCUCUUCAUCGCCUGCUAGCUUCUCCGGAGCCACCUCCAAUAACAACAACCAGGCACAGCACCCCAUCCACGACACCGUCAACCGCAUCGUCUACCGCACCGAGUACCAGCACGUUCCUUGCAUUGACACCUCCGGCCAGGCCUUUGCCAUUUACCUCAACCUCAUCUACCUCGCCCCUCUGACUGUCCUCUUCGUCCGCUUCUUUAUCAAAUCCUACAUCAAGCGCACCUCCCCCAACGCCCGCAACCCCACCAAGCACGAGGCCAUCACCAAGUCGGCCCGCGACGCCAUGCGCGGCGUGGACCGCGAGGUUGAGUCUUUUGGGAAAUCCGCCGAAGACGGCUUCUCCACCGCCAUUAUGAAUGGCGCAUCGGCUCUCCGUGGUCGCGCUACCAAGCCCAACGGUGAUGGAAGGGUCAGCCAAGAGCUGGAGAAGAUUGGUGAGGAUGAGCAGAGCACCAAGCAGCGCGCGAAGAAGAUCGCCAAGGAUGUUGUUGGAACUGCUGAGGCGGAGGCCGAGAAGGCUAAGAAGGGCGGCAACGCGUAAGAGCGGGAUCGGGCGGAGUGUGUCGGUUUCAAUCUUGUUGAUUUAGGGUGUAUGGGCGGUAACAUUGCCUCGGUUUGGGUGUGUUCUCCCUC